GGGUGGGGGGGACAUUACUGGAAAGGAAACUCCAAUACGGCGCCACGGCCGGACCCACACUGCGGCCUGGGACCAUAAACACACCCGCCGAUCGCCCACAACACCCGGGACGGCCCGCCUGGCCCUCGCAGCGCACCGCCGCCCGACAACAGGCAGCCCGCUCCGCACAGGGCCCGAGCGGACACCCGGACCAUACAGCACCUUACACGUCGGCCGCCAUUUUAAGAUUACCCUAAAAAAAGACAAAAUACUGGAUUCUGUCACUAGGGGGGUUACCCCCGGAUAUUACGUCACACACCCGAUUUUUUUGGCGCCCCUUUGCUGUUGCCCUCGGGUUCCUGUGGCUGAGUCCGAGACACCCUGAUCUAGAAUGGAACAUACUGAAGGCCCUAUGAGAGAAAGGGAAAGCUGAUGAUGCCUGAGCACGACAAUGGAUUUCUCCUUCUCUUUCAUGCAAGGGAUCAUGGGAAAUACAAUCCAGCAACCCCCUCAACUCAUCGACUCCGCCAACAACCGGCAGGAUGAUGCCAAUAGCAGCGAUCAGGCUGAUGAGGGCGGGCACACGCCCUAUGAUUCUGGCCUGCAGCCGGACUUCCAGUAUCCUACUCCCACAACUGAGGAUUUGCCUCCUCUCACAAAUGGCUACCAACCAUCAUUGGGAUAUGAGCCACAGGGCAAGUACCAAACAUAUUCACAAUUUCCUAAUGGCUCAGCCAAUGGCUAUGGCACCAGGAACUUUACCACACUGGAGUAUUACCCUCUGGAUACUGCUGCCAUGCGGCCCCAUGAGGGUCUGGUGAAAACAUCUCCUACACAGCCCACCUCCCCCCCUAGUCUUCAUCAGUACCCUCCAUUUUCCACUUCCACCCCUCAAAAGAAGACUGGCUCCCCAGAAAUAAAACUGAGAAUUACUAAGACUAUCCAGAAUGGGAGGGAAAUGUUUGAAUCCUCGCUGUGCGGGGAUCUCCUUCAUGAAUUUCAAGCCAGUGAAUACACCAGGAAAAAACAUGAGCGUAGGAGAGAAAGGAGGGAAAAAAGGAAAAAGAGCAGUCGGCAUCAUCACCAUCACCACCAUCGUGGGGAGGUGAAGUUUGAAGAGCAACAGCCACAAAAGAUAGCGAAACUAGAACCUCAGGAGGAGGAGAUUGUUCAGCAGUCCUUGCCUGUUUCACCACUCUCUUCUGAAGUCAGGACUGGUGUUUGGUUCCAUGUGGGAGACUUGGUAUGGUCAAAAGUAGGAACGUACCCAUGGUGGCCCUGUAUGGUAUCCUGUGACCCUCAACUGCAUGUCCACAGCAAAAUAAAUACAAGAGGUGCCCGUGAAUAUCAUGUGCAGUUUUUCAGUAACGAGCCAGAAAGGGCAUGGAUACAUGAGAAGCGCAUGCGGGAGUACAGAGGCCAAAAACAGUAUGAACAACUGUUGGCUGAAGAUGCUGCAAAAGCUGUCAAUCAAUCAGAUAAACUCAAGAUGAGGAAGCCAAGGCCUCAAAAGGAACGUGUGCAGUGGGAAAUUGGCAUUGCUCAUGCAGAGAAAGCACUUCGAAUGACAAGGGAGGAAAGGAUAGAACAGUACACUUUCAUCUAUAUAGAUCAAGAGACCUCCCCUGAACCUAAAAAAUCAGUAGGAACUUGCAAAAGAAGUCGGCGGUCCACAUCAAGUAGUGAGGCAGAACAUGCACGUCCAUCUGACGUUGUCUCUUCGCCACCAAAGCAACCAGCAGCUCCUGUAACCACACUGUCUCCGCUACAAGACAUUAAAGACUCUUCCCCUGAGCCCAGGAGGCAAAGUCAGAGAAAAUUGAUUCAGGAGACAGAGCAGCAGUCACCUCCACCACCACCACCAGAACAACAACAACAACAACAACAACAAACACCACCGCCACCACCACCACCACAACCUGCACCAGCCAAAACAGCAUGGAAGACCGCUGCUGCUCGCAAGUCAAUUCCUGCUUCAGUUUUAUUACACAAGGGUACACUAGACCUGCAAAAGUGCAACAUGUCCCCGGUGGUUAAAAUUGAGAAUGUUCUAGCCUUGCACAAUGCAACGUCUGAGGGUUUUGACCAGUUCAUAUACACAACCAAGGGAGUUGGUAACAAGACUGAAAUCACAGUUAAAGCAGCAGAAAAGGUGUCUGCACCCUCCCCCAUUGCGAAGACUGAGAAAACAUCUGCACAACAUACACCAGCUCCCGAAAGCUCAUCGGGGGCCACAGGCACCUCAGAGAAGAAACAUCAGCGGCGGUCUAAUAGGACUCGGUCAGAAUCUGAGAAGUCCAUGGACUUUGUGCCAAAGAAGAAAAUAAAAAAGGAGCAGGUUGAGGAAUCCCCACUUACAGCGGUACAGAUAGGAUUGCAAAAAGGGGCCAGUGAAAUUUCUGAUUCGUGUAAGCCUUUGAAGAAAAGGAGCCGAGCCUCCACUGAUGUGGAGCUUGCCAAUUCUUCUUACCGUGAUGCAUCCGACUCUGAUUCACGUGGCAUUAAUGACACACAGAUAUGUUUUGAGAAACAAUCUGAUAGUCCGUCUGCAGCAGUUGAUGCAGAUGCCUCUGAUGUCCAGUCGGUGGAUUCCAGCACAUCAAGGAGGUCAAGCCGAAGAGACACUGUUUGCCAGAUAUGUGAGUGUUUUGGGGAGUCGCUGGUGUCAUGUGACGGAGAAUGCGCUCGUCUCUUCCAUCUUGAAUGUCUUGGGAUGGAUGCACUGCCAGAUGGAGGAAAAUUCAUAUGUAUGGAGUGUAAAACAGGGAACCACACCUGCUUCUCUUGCAAGUUGCCCAGUACCAGUGUAAAACGCUGCUCUGUUGCAUCCUGCAGCAAGUUUUACCAUGAAACUUGUGCCCGACUAUAUGCAGCCACAGUCUUCGAUUCCAAGGGCUUUCGUUGCCCACACCAUUGCUGCAGUUCUUGCACUGCAGACAAGGACACGUAUAGAGCUAAUAAAGGCCGCAUGCUUUGCUGCGUUCGGUGUCCUGUAGCGUACCACAGUGGGGAUAGCUGUGUUGCUGCAGGGUGUCGUAUUCUUUCCUCCAGCCUCAUUAUUUGCAGCAACCAUUCCAAACGUAGUGGACACUCAUCCUGUGCCGUCAAUGUGGGCUUCUGUUUUGUGUGCGCUCGAGGGCUGAUAGUUCAGGAAUAUUCCCUGGUCAGUUCUAUGUCCUUUAAGUCCCACUUUCUACUGACUGACUCAAAGCGUGCAGAGUUGAUGAAAAUACCUAUGAUUCCUUCCUCUUCGCCAGCUUUCAUAAAGAAAUCUGAGAAAGGAGGCGGCAAGCUCCUAUGCUGUGAAUCCUGCCCGGCUGCCUUCCACCCAUCCUGUCUCAACAUGGAGAUGCCUCAAGGAUCCUGGAGCUGUAAUGACUGCAGGACCGGGAAGAAACUGCACUACAAGCAGAUCGUGUGGGUCAAGCUGGGCAACUACAGGUGGUGGCCAGCUGAGAUCUGCAACCCACGGUCUGUCCCACUCAAUAUCCAGGGCCUAAAACACGAUAUAGGGGACUUUCCGGUCUUCUUCUUUGGGUCUCACGAUUACUACUGGGUGCAUCAAGGUCGGGUGUUCCCUUACGUUGAAGGGGACAAAAGUUUUGCCGAAGGCCAGACCAGUAUUAAUAAAACCUUCAAAAAAGCUCUGGAGGAGGCCGCCAAAAGAUUCCAGGAGUUGAAAGCUCAACGUGAAAGUAAGGAGGCUAUAGAAGUGGAACGGAAUUCAAGAAAACCUCCUCCUUACAAGCACAUAAAGUCCAACAAAGCAGUGGGAAAGGUGCAGAUUCAACUGGCAGAUAUAUCUGAAAUCCCGCGUUGCAACUGCCGCCCCUCUGAUGAAGCUCCUUGUGGCCUGGAGUCUCAAUGCCUGAAUCGUAUGCUACAAUAUGAGUGUCAUCCCCAAGUCUGCCCAGCAGGUGAACAAUGCCAAAACCAGAGUUUCACCAAACGACUCUACCCAGAGACUGAGAUUAUCCGCACAGACAAGAGAGGUUGGGGACUCAAAACCAAGAAGGAUAUCCGCAAGGGCGAGUUUGUAAACGAAUACGUGGGUGAGCUAAUUGACGAAGAGGAGUGUCGACUUCGCAUGAAGCGUGCCCAUGAAACCGGGAUCACAAACUUCUACAUGCUAACAAUCACCAAGGAUCGUAUUAUUGAUGCCGGCCCUAAGGGCAACUACUCUCGGUUUAUAAACCACAGCUGUAAUCCCAACUGUGAAACACAGAAGUGGACAGUCAAUGGUGACAUCAGAGUGGGGCUGUUUGCACUCUGUGAUAUACCUCAAGGAACCGAGCUGACGUUCAAUUACAACUUGGACUGCCUGGGGUAUGGUCGGACGGAAUGUCAUUGUGGGGAAGAGAACUGUAGCGGGUUUUUAGGAGUGCGGCCAAAGACUGCAUGCGCAACAGCUACUGAGGAGAAGGCCAAAAAUGCUCGGUUAAAGGCAAAAAAACGGAAAAUAAAGACUGAACAAAAGCAAAUGCAUGAAGAUUUCUGUUUCCGCUGUGGAGAUGGAGGGGAGUUGGUGAUGUGCGAUAAGAAAGACUGUCCAAAAGCUUAUCACCUCCUCUGCCUUAACCUGACACAACCUCCUUACGGUAAAUGGGAUUGCCCGUGGCACCAGUGUGAUAUCUGUGGGGCCAAUUCUUCCUCAUUCUGCGACUUCUGCCCAGCAUCUUUCUGCAAGGAACAUGAGAAGGAAGCAUUGAAAGUCUCUGCAGUUGAAAGCAGACUCUGCUGCUCUGAACAUGACCCUAAAUGCCCACUGGCGUACGGGGAUAGGAACAAAAUCAAAUGCAAAACAGAACAUGAAGAUCCCUCGUUUCCCCAAGAGUUCUAAAGGGCGUGAUGCACUUAAUGAUUAAAUUGUAUUCUGUCAGGACAAUGCAGACAAGUCUCCCUCAUUUCUAAUGGGACUCCUAAUACGCACAUCGUAUUUUAGAAGUAAGAGUCAGGAUUGGAUCCUACAUAUUCUGCCUGUGUCUUUGUUGUUAUUGACAACACAACCUCUUGUUUUGGGGAUGUUUUUUUUCCUUCUUUCGUCUUUCUUUUUUAUGGUGAAUCUGUCCCCUGAUCUUUUCUCCUAAGGUUGUGGUAAGCAG